UCCCACAGAGCAAUGCAUUAAGAUUUGAGCUUUUUUCGAAAUAGUAUUAGCCCCACAUCGCUCAUAAUGUCUUCCGAUCUCUCUGGCAUACUCCCUCGUGUUCUCAUCGUUUCUCGACGAACGCUUCGCAAGAACAAGUUCGUGGAUUUCGUCGGGGAAUACCAUCUUGAUCUGAUAGUGAGCUAUGGCGCAGUACCUGUGAUCGUGCCUCGCGUUUCCGGGGUCCAAUCCUUGCUAACCAGCUUCGAGCCGAUCCAUGGCGUUCUUCUCUGCGAGGGAGAAGACAUCGAGCCAUGUUGGUACCAGCAAGACGACGAUAAUGGCUCUGCUCUCUCCCCAGAAGAGUUGGAAGAAAUCAGAAGGCUUCAUUCCAGCGAUACCUCCAUCGACAAAGAAAAAGACUCCAUCGAGUUGAGCCUCGCCAGAUUCUGCCUCGAGAGGAACAUUCCCUAUCUGGGUAUCUGCAGGGGCUCCCAGGUUCUCAAUGUCGCGUGUGGGGGUACCCUCUACCAGGACAUUGGGAAAGAGCUUUCAAAAGGGUGUGCGGAGAGUGAUAGAGUGAUGCACAUGAACUACGAUGAUUACGAUGGCCAUAGACAUGGCGUGAAGCUCGUAAAAAGCACCCCUUUGUGGAACUGGUUUCAUGAGGAAGGUGGAGAAGGAGAAGAAGAAGAAGAGAGGGAGAUUUUGGUUAACAGUUACCACCAUCAAGGGGUGAAGAGGUUAGCACAACGUUUCGUUCCAAUGGCUUUUUCUGCGGAUGGUUUGAUCGAAGGGUUUUAUGACCCUGAUGCUUAUAACCCCGAAGAUGGGAAAUUUAUCAUGGGAUUGCAAUUUCACCCUGAGCGUAUGAGAAAGCCUGAUUCUGAUGAAUUUGAUUACCCCGGUUGCCCCUUUGCUUAUAAGGAAUUUGUGAAGGCUGUGAUUGCUUAUCAGAAGAAGCUGAACAAUUUAACAUCAGUGCCAAAGCCUGUGAAACUCAACAGGGAAAUGGAGAACAAGAGGAAAAUCAUAGUGCGUAGCUUUUCACUUGCGAAAAACCUAUACACAACUGGGCGUGGGAAUUGGUCCUCUAGAGAUUCUGAACUUGAAGCUGGAGCAGAGUUUUUGGAGUCGAACACAGUGUUGAGCGUGCAGCAAGAGAAUCGGUUGAAGCAGAUGGGAGCAACAGUGAGGAAUGCAGGUUCGUAUGUGGAGAGACUGAAACUGAACGAAGGAAGAGAAAAAAUGGCGAAAAACGUAAUGGGGAAGAUGACGGUGGAGCAACUUUCUGAGCUUUUGACUUUCUACAGCACCAUGGGACAGAUUUGCUCUCAGGUUUUGGAGAGAAAGGUGCAUGACGUUAUGAAUGACUUCAGUUGUUGACACCAACUUUGUUUCCUCGUGCCAUGCAACAUUGGUUGUUGUUCUUUUUUAUGUCUUUUAGCGUGUGACUCGUCGCAUGAAUCUCGUACAUAUUUCAACUUUUGGCUUGGUUUCCUCUCCGUGAGAGUGAUUUUAAUGGAUUCUUAUUACCUUUUAUUUUUAGUUUCCAGUGUUGUAAUUAUAAGACAGUCUUUGUUA